GCUGAGCCGGUCAUUCUCCCCUCACUGUGUGUCCCCUGGGAGCCACCAGGAGCUGUCCCCAAGCUGGGUGUCCCGGGGUGCUGGUCCCUGCUCCCAGCUCUGGCUGGGAGGGCAGGGGAAGCUCAGGGCGGUUUAACCAUUAAACCUGGGGCGUCUUGGGAGAGGCGGGGACACUUCCCUGCCACUUCACCCUGUACCUUGCUCCCUCUGGCAAUCCCUGCAGCCAUGAAGCAAACAAAAGGGCUCGAGGGAGACAAGAUGUCCAUCAUAAAAUUUGAAUUUAACCCCAAAGUUGGGAUCGACAACCCAGCCUUGACCCUGACUGAGGACACGGACGGCGAGGGCGUGGGGGAGCCCCGCUUCUACCUGCUGACCAAGGAGAGCACCGAGACCUUCGGCUUCUGCCUGCACGAGGAGCUGGGCUGCCGGGGCCACGUCAUCCGGCAGAUCGAGCUGGGGGGGGUGGCCCAGCGCAGGGGGCUGCAGGACGGGGACCGCCUGCUCCAGGUCAAUGGCCACUUCGUGGACCACAUGGACCACCUCAGGGUGGUGCAGAAGAUCAAGGCCAGUGGGAACCAGGUCCUGCUGGCGGUGCUGGAUGGUGACUCCUACGAAGCAGCCAAAGCCCUGGGCAGGGACCUGUCCCAGAUGCUGCCCGAGGACAUCCGCCCGCGCCUCUGCCACGUCACCAGGGACAAAAGCGGCUUUGGCUUCAGCGUGUCGUGUCCAGAAGGCACCAAGGGCACCUUCCAGCUGUCGGUGCUGCAGGACGGGCCAGCGGACAGAGCAGGGGUGCCACCGGGCUGCUGGCUGCUGGAGCUCAACGGGGACAGCGUCAAGAGCUACUCCCACACCCAGCUCACCAGAAAGCUCAAGCAGAGCGGCAACAAGGUGACGCUGCUGGUGGCAUCCAGCGCCGUGGAGGAGUUCUACCGCCUGCGGGGCCUGCGGGUCACGGCUGCCCUGGCUGACACCUCCAGGCUGCCCUUCAAGGUCCGGGAGCUGCACCUGGUGAAGGGUCCUGCUGGCUACGGCUUCCUGCUCAAGGAGGAUGACUGCAGCUCGGGAGGAGUAGGCCAGUUCCUGUGGGAUGUGGAUGUGGGGCUGCCAGCAGAGCAGGCGGGGAUGAGGGAAGGGGACCGAGUGCUGGCCGUGAACGGGGAGAGCAUCGAGGGGCUGGACCACGAGCAGACGGUGCGCAGGAUCCGCGCCCGGGAGGAUCAGGUGACGCUGCUGGUCAUCGACCCCGCUGGGGACGAGUUCUACCACUCGAUCGGGCUGUCCCCCCUGCAGUUCUUUGAGGACAGCGACCCCGCCUCGGGCUCCUGCACGCCCUCCCUGCCCUCUCGCAGUGGCUCCCCUGCACCCUGCGACGUUGAGGUGGCACCCAAGGGACCUGUGUCCUGGCUGAUGGCUGCUGCCAACAGCAUAGAGAUCAUACAGAGCCAGCGCCAGGAGGAGCACACAAAGCUGUGCCAGGCAUUCUAACAGCCUGGGAGCCUCUGGACAGGCUCUCCCACACAGCACCUCCACCCAGGCCACGGGCAGCCCUCGGGCUCAGCACUGCUCAGCAUGGACCCUGCACAGCAGCUCCUGUGUCCCCAUGCCUGGCUCACAGCAUGACCCUCCCAGGGACUCGUCUCUGCCCACCCAGGCUGCCUCAGAGCUUGUACCAACCACAUUGGCAGCUCCUCCUGCCCUGACCACAGAGCUGUGUCUUUGCCUGCCCAGCUACCUCCAGGGAUUGCUCAGGACAUUGCAAUGAAGCCCUUGCCCAGCUCCAGGCUCUGGGAGUUCCCAGAAGAGCUGGAGUGCUGCCCUCUGCACUGUGACCCAGGGCACUCGAGGGUUGGCUCGGAUCUGCACGUGCAUGGACAUCUCUCCUGUGCUGCUCCUCUCCCUGAACCUGUGGGCACUGAGUGUCCAGCAGCCAGCACCACCCUGCUCCUGCACCACCCUUUUGGGGUGAUUAAAGGACAAAUCCACUGC